AUGUUAUAUUCUCCUAAGACAAUAAAAUUUUUUGUUAAAAUUGAAGGAGAGGAAGAAAGAUGCGCGUUUGGAAAAUUUAAAAUAAUUUCAGAAGAUUUAAAGAAUUUUUUUGACGAAUUAAAAAAAUUUGUUUAUGUUUUUGCUGUCAAAACUAAUGAUGAGACAAACUUUGAAGAAGGAAAAAUGAAUUUUAUUGAAUUAACAAAUUCUGACCGAAUUUUUUACAGUAGGGCUAAAAUUUUACGUUUAGGUCCUUUAUUCGCCGAUGGAAGUUUUGAAAUUUAUUUUGACAAAAAUGGAAAUCUGAAUGACUUUUUAUUGUCGAAUAGAAUGUUGUUAAAAGACACAAAAAAUAUUUUGAAAGAUUAUUUAAUUAAAAGAGAAUUGGGGGAUAAAAAGAAUGUUUUUAAUAAAGAUGAACAAAUUUGGUUCCGUUAUGUGGAGGAUAAAAUUCAAAAAAAUUUUAAGAAUGAGAAUGGAAAGUCCAAAUUAAUUGAUAUUUAUUAA